UCCCUUGAAAACUCAAGGCGGGACAAGGAAUAUUGAGCAAAUACUCUGUGGUGGCCCUGGAGGACCGAUGUGGAGAAGGUUUCGUCAUUCGUGUGAACAUUUCGUUCCCUUCUUUUCUACAUAUUUUGCUUCACUUCCUCUCUUCCUGAAGGCUGCCCACCCCCCUUCCCUCUUUCUACAGCCUUUGCUUUUUUCAUACACAAAAAGUAUAUGAAAACGUCAUUUUUUGCGUUCUUUAUAAUUUUGCUUUUAAGUCUGAAAUGAUUUAUAGUGUGUUGACAGAAAAAUGUCUACUUGCUGUUGCUGUUUUCCUCUUGAUGUUGGUGUCUGGACAAUUGCUAAUCUUGAGUUAAUUGGUCAUGUUGUGAUCCUCGGCACCACCUUCUGGACUUUUGGACAACAGGCCGUGAUAACGGGUGAAAAUUUAGGAUUAUUAAUCCUGCAGUUGGUCAUUUGGAUCUCAGGAGCACUUUGUGUACUCCUACUCAUUGCUGGUCUUCAAACUAAGACUGCUAGGUAUAUGGUACCAUCUCUAAUCUGGGGAAUAAUUGGUAUUCUACUCAAUGCUGCUUCUAUGAUUUGGCAGAUUGUGAAUGUAGUAGACUCAGUGGAUUCAGGACUUAUUAUUGGUAGCAUCGUUGCAGUAUAUCUGAUCGGUUUUCUGAUUAGUCUGUACUUUCUCUUUGUAAAGUACAGAAGAUACGUUGAGUUAAAGGAAGAGAAUGAAAUCCGACCAAUGGCCUAGAGAUUUAAAAGUUAUUGAAUUUAGUUUAGUCCUUGGUGCAGUACACACGAUGAAUUGCUAGACCGGUAUCCGAGUACAGUAUUGCAGUGUACACUAAUUCUCAAGUUUGUUUUCUUCCUAGAACUAGAAUUUUUCUCCACGAGAUUUCUUUUUUGUAAUAAAGUGUUGAGGUUUGGGCGUUAAAAUGCCACCAAAGUUAAGAAAAGAUAAUUUUGAUAAUCCUCCCGAAUCCCUGGCUGACGUUGUGAAUCUUCUUGCCGGGAUUAAAUCCUCAAUCGACACUUUGGACAGCAAUUUUGAGACUCUGAAUUUAAAAUUGGAGAAAUUAAAUGAGAGAGUUGAACGCCAGGAAAGUUCUUAUUCUGAGAUUAAAUCUGAAAUCAACUAUCUUGAACAAAGAGGUCGCAAUAAUUCUCUCCGAUUAUUUGGUCUCAAGAUUGACGAAACUACCGCUAAAUGUGCGAUGAAAACCUCUAAGUUCGUUUACAAGAAUAUUCUUCAUCCGAUCCUGUGUAAAGCUGUGGAGGAGAAGGAUAUUUCCCAGAUUCCUGAUGCUUUAUCCUUGAUUGAAUAUUGUUAUGUUCUUCCUGCUCCUAAGAACCAUCCCAGUUCAACUCCAAUUAUAGUCAGACUUCAUUCCCGUCUUAUCCGUCUACUGAUCUUUCGGUACAAGAGAGAUUUUUUCUCUAGUAACAAAGAUCUCAAGGGUUGUUUCAUAACUGAAGAUCUCACCAGUCAAACCUGCUGUCAGCUGAAUGAACUAAAAGCCAAAGAGAACACCCUGAAAGCUUGGACCUUGAACGGACGAAUCAAGUUUACAACCAAGGAUUCACCUGAUCAAGUAAAGAACUACUAAAAAAAAACAGUAAACAAGAUCUUCCUAACCUAAUCAUCUUAAUAUCAUCAGAAUUUUUUUGUUCUAUCCAUCAUGUUGCUGCUUCAGGGCCUGUUUGGUGACCAGUUGGAUGACUUGUUUGUUGACCUGUUUGGUGGCCUGUUUGGUGGUCUGUAUGGUGAUGUGACCUAUUUGGUGAUCUGUUUGGUGAACUACUCCUUGAUCUGUUUCGUGACCUGGUUUCAAUCUCUUGGAUCUAACUCUUGGAUCCAUCUCUGAGCAAAGCUUAUGGCAGUCCUGCUCCAAGGUCUGCUUUGAUCAGCAGGUUCUGUGUUUUUAAUAUCAUCCUUCAUAUAGUUCAACUCCUUGGAUCUUUUUCUUGGAUCUAUUUCCGAGUAAAGCUUAUUGCAGUCCUACUCUAAGGUCUGCUUUGAUCAGCAGGUUCUGUGUUUGUUUUUUUCUCCUGGUUUCCUUUUUUCUUUUUUAAUUUCAUCCCUUAUAUAUUCAUUUAGUCUGUAUUUAAUCCAUUAUAAUCAUCUAUUUUACAUCCUUCAUAUAUUUAUUUAGAAUGUAUUUAAUCCAUUACCAUCUUUUAUUUUACAUGAUUUCUAUAGUUAAUGUUUUGGUUGACUCAUCUUAACUGUUAUUCAACCUCAUCAUCCUAUAUGUCACUUGGAGUGUAUUUUGUAAUACUGUACUCAUACUGUACUCAUUUCUGCCUAAAUCUUUUACUCUAGAAUGUGCUUGUUGGAAUUUUCAUUGCUGCUGCUGGAUGGAGGUUUUUGUAGCUGGAGCUUCUGUUAUUCUUAUUUAUCAUGGAGCUUCCUGAUAGUGACGAGGUCGGUACCCUUAACUCUAAUAUGGAGCUUGAUUUUAUUCAUGCUAUGAAUUCUUUAAAUGAAUCCCGUUCAAACUUUGAUUUACCCUUUCAUGAUCCCUACAUUGAUUCUGACCUAAACUGUCUAUUUUAUGACGAAUUAAAUUUUCUUAAUAAGUUCAAUUCUUAUAGAGAUUCAAUUAUAUUGAAUGCAAAUAUUCAAAGUCUACAAAGCAAAUAUAACAAACUUAGAGAUUUUGUUGUUUCUCUUGGCACUAAUGAUAUUCCCGUUGAGAUUAUAUCCUUGCAAGAAAUUUGGUCUGUUCAUGAUGUUGAUCUUUAUGAUCUGCCUGGUUUUCAAAAAUUGAUUUUCAAAGUAAGAGACAAAAGUAGAGGUGGGGGGUGUGGGUUUUUAUGUAAAAUCUGGACUUAACUACUAUAUCAAUAAUGAUUUUUCAGCUUUUCAUGAGAGAAUCUUUGAAUCUAUUUGUAUUGAUGUUGAGUUUAAAGCUGGCAAAAAAAAUCGUUUUGUUAAUAUUUACAGACCUCCAGGGAACCAUCCCUUCCUCAGUCAAUCUGAUCAAUCAGCUGCUUUUUUAUUGAAUUUACCUCUUUAUUAUCUAGACUUUCCUUGGACGCUACUGAAACUUAUAUUCUCAUGGAUAGUAAUAUUAAUUUAUUAAAUAUUUCUGGAAAUCCAGCUAGUUUAAAUCUUCUUGAAUCAUGUUUAAGUAAUGGGUUUCUUAAUAUUGUGACUAAAGCUACAAGAACAUCUCAAAACAGGUUUUCUUUGAUUGAUCAAAUAUUUACUAAUUCAAAUGGCUCAAAAUAUAUGUCUGGUGUAAUUUUGAAUGAUAUCUCUGACCAUUUCUUCACCUUUUCCUCAUUUAAUUCUUCUAAAAGUAUCCAGAAGCCAAAGUUAAAGACGUCUUGGAAAUUUAAUGAUCAGAAUAUUGCUAUGUUUAAAAAUAACUUAAACAAUUUUAGCUGGGAUCAUUUGUUUGAAAUAGACGAUGCUGAAAUGGCCUUUGACAGUUUCUGGGAUUCUUUUAUUGCCCUGUUUAAUUUACACUUUCCUAUUUGUCGUGUGGUUUUUAAUAGAAAUUUCCAUAAAAUUCAAGGAUUUAUGACAAAGGGUCUCUUAACCUCUCGUAGAAAUAAACUCAGAUUGCUUACUGUUUCUGUUUCGUGCCCUUCUGCUGAAAAUAAGAAUAUUUACAAGAAAUAUAGAAACAUGUACAAUAAUUUGGCUAGAAUAAGUAAAAAGGCAUAUUUUGAAACAAAUCUAAAUGAUCAUAAGAAUAACCCUAAAAAGGUUUGGAAAUCCGAUAAUUUUGAUAAAAUAACCUUGACUGAUGAAGUAGUAACUGACUCGCCUAAGAUAGCAAAUGCUUUUAACUCUUAUUUCUCUGAAAUUCCUACUAAAAUUAGUGAAAGUAUUCCGGAAACUUGUGUUUUAGCCUCCAGUUAUCUUUCAGACUCUGAAAAGUCUUUUGAAAUUGGUGAAUGUGAUAUUUUAAUCAUUGAAGAGUUAAUAAACAGUUUAGAAUCUAAAGAUACUCAAGAUAUUUAUAAUCUAAGCUCUUCAUUUCUGAAAAAUAUAUCUAAAUGUCCAGCUAAACCAUUGGCAUUCAUAUUUAAUCUAUCAUUUAAAACUGGUGUUUUUCCCUCUAAAUUAAAAGUAUCUCGAACAGUACCUGUUUAUAAGGCUGGGAA